GUUGUUAUAUUAUAAUUAUGUAAUAGAAGAAAGACAAGUUUUUUCGACUGCAUUGGCCAUGCAUCGAGUCAAGGAGAACCUUCAGUGUCGAUUAGUGUUAACAAGCAAACGCACAUUUACAACUUAAGUUCUUUACAAAUUAUAAAUUAAUUAGUGAAAAAUGAAUGAAAAUAACGAAAACGGUUUGGAACUUCCAAACACCGAAAAAAAUAGUGAUACAGCCAACGUAAAAAGUGAAGUGAAAGAAGAACCGCCAGUCCCAUGGCCUGAGCGGAUUAAGAAAUUAGCCAGUUGGUUUACAGUUGAACCUUGUUUGAUACUUUAUUUUCUCGCGCAAAUUAUAUCAAACAUAGCGAUAGAACAAUUAAACCAAGAGAAAGCAUGUCGCACCUAUUUACAUUACAACGAAACUAUUUGUACAGAUAUUAUCAAAAAUCUCAAAAAUGAUAACAGAACUCAUGAACUCCGAACAGAGAUUUCGUUAGCUGUAACGAAUGUAAACACAUAUCUGGUUCUACUGCAGAAAUGUACCCCUGGAAUUCUUUUACCAUUCAUCGGAGCUUGGAGCGACCGCACUGGAAAUCGAAAAGUUUUGAUAAUGAUGCCGCUCAUAGGAGAAAGUAUAUCAUAUUCUGGACUAUUCUUCACUACGUAUUAUUUUGUAGAAUGGCCUUUGUGGCUGACUGCGCUGAUAGAAUCGUUGCCAACGGCAUUAUCGGGUGGUUUUUCAAUACUUUUGUUGGGUGUAUUCAGUUACAUUGCUGAUGUGACUACCGCGGAAGCGCGCACAUUUAGAAUGGGUAUAUUAAGUAUCAUUUUGCCUUUAUGUUCUAUAUUUGGACAAUCAAUAAGUGGUACUUUGUUAAACGCAGUCGGCUAUUACGGAGUAUUCACGAUUGCCCUAGCUUUAAACUCCUUAAGCCUUAUCUAUACAUAUAUCAAAAUAUACGACAUUAGAAAUGAAGCGAUGGAAGGAACAUUCAUAGCAAAGUUAAUAAGUUUCUUUAAUCCGUACAACAUUUGGGAUACUAUAUCUUUAGUAAUAGUUAUUCCUUUACAACAAAGGAUAAGAGUGAUUCUACUGCUUUGUGCAUUUGUUUUUAUUACGGGUCCGAUUGAAGGUACAGGAGGUAAUGCAUACCAAUAUUACACUCAUAGAUAUCUCAUGAGUACUGUGGAGAUAAGUAUGUUCCGUACAUACUCCACAUUAGUGCCAACAGUUGGAACUAUUGUGGCAAUAACUGUUUUCAGUAAAUACCUGAAAAUGCAUGAUUCCCUCCUAGGAAUUAUAGGUACUGGAUGCAAAAUAGUUUCAUAUGUAGUUUAUGGCCUAGCACCAACAAAGCAAUGGUUUUUCGCUGGUCCAGCGUUUGAAAUAUUUGGAAAUGUAGGAGUGACGGCUGUCAAGUCGAUUGGAACAAAAGUUGUUGAUCCUGAUAAAGUUGGUACAUUGAUUUCUUUAUUGGAAAUAACAGAUGCACUCCAGGCGUCAGCAGUUAUACCAUUGUUCAAUGAAAUUUUUGUUAAUACCAUAAAUACAUUGCCCGGAGCAAUCUACUUUUUAGCAAGUAUUUUGACUCUACCAGCGUUCAUCAUAUUUGGAAUACUAUACUUCUUACAGAAGAAACAAGAGCGAGACGUCGUCGAGAACCCGGCCGAGAAAGAGAAGCACGCUUACGACAAUGACGUCACAGCUCUGUAGAUUUCUUGUUGUCUUUUAAUUUGAAAAAAAAAAUUAAAACCAAUUUCUCCUUUUAUGGACUAUAUAUAUCCUAUAUGUAGAAGUGAAAGCUGUAAAUUUUUUUUUUUAGUUUUAGUUGCAUAUUUUGUUUGUAAAUUUAUCAUGCAUAGUUUAUUCAAACGUUACCUAUAUUUUAAUAUAUAAGUAUAUAUAAUUUAUUUAUACAUAGGUAUUUUAUACGUUAUCGAUAAAAACACUAAAAAGAAAAAAAUUACAUGGAAUGACUAGAAAUUCUUGUUUAAAAUGUUGCAAUAAACUAUAAGUCGUGUAUAUCAUUCCAUCUCUUUCUUAUGCCACCUUGCCUAUUUACAAUCGGUGACUUCUCGCCUGUCAACAUGCAUUUCUUUUCUGUUUUUUAAGAGUGACCCAAGUGGUCACUCUCAAAACUGAUUUCAAACGCUUGUAACUUAUUAUGUUUUUAGUGCAUUUUCAUAAUUCUUUCUGCAUUAUGAUUUGACUAUCGUAUUUUUUUUUUAUAAAGGGAUUUCUAUUAAGGACAUAAUCUACAAUAUUGUGCUGCCUCGAUAUUUAUAUAGGAAUGGGAAUUAUAUUGCGUUUUCGAUUAGUUCGCUACUCAUAUAUUCGUGAAGUGGAAAAAUGUCUUUCCAACGCUCCCACAUCUUUCGAUGUGAUUACACCAUUUACACAUUAAACUUUGGAACUUAUUAUUUUAUUUAUGCUUCUAAGCGGGAUGACGUCUGUAUUCGACAUAGAAGUUAUUUAUCAUAAUAAUAUAAGCCUACAACUAUAACAUUUACCUUUACCUAUGAAUGAAUUAGUUUUAAGUAAGCUUUAUGUUAAAUUUAUAAUGUAAAUUAAAAUAAAUGUUUUAGUGUAACGUAAUGUCGGUUGGUGAAACCUAAAUCUAGUUUUAUAUUCAACCUUAUUUUUAGAAUGCACCGCACUUAUGGUGCAUCCAUUUGUUCAUUGUUAUGUAAUGUGUUCAUGCGAUGAUAGCCUGUAAAUAAAACAACACUGUAACAAUUACAAGUUAUAAUUUACAAUUGUUAGU